CAGUAAGGCUGUAUCUUUGAUUUUCACAACGUCAUCGAUUGAUAUCAUUGGAUCUUUGUCCCCGACGACGACAAUGGCACUCACUCAUCAGGGGCUCUUGAUGAGAACGCAAAGCAAAUGCCGACCCACAAUACAAGUGACCAUCGUCAUUGUAUGUACUUGGCUAUCGUAAUACUUGAUUGAUUGAUUGAUUGAUUGACCAUGGUAUCGUCUUGGUUGUCCAGAACGACCUCAAGAUUGCUCUUGCUGGCUCUGCUAUCCGCCACAGCAACGGCCUUUGUCUCUCCACCCCCAUUAGUCUCCACCAAAUCGGUACUACAUGUCCUAAGAGCCUACUCGGACGAAGUAGGUCCUUCCGAUUACGACAGUGACGACUUGGCCAAACAGAAACAAGUCGAAGUCGAUGAAGACGAAGACGACGCCGAAAUCCGAGACGCGCUCAAACGCGAAUUACUGCUCCUUUCGAGUGUCACCAAUCGCGGCGAAUGCGCUUCCAAAGAUGAAAUCAACAUUCUCAUUGACUUGGUGACACAACUCGAGGCACUCAAUCCGACGGCCAAUCCGGCGAGUAUGUGCGAAGGAGAAUGGUCGUUGUGUCUCUCAUCGACGCAACUGUUUCGGAGCAGUCCCUUUUUCCAAUCCCUCCGAGUGGCCAUGGGAGAUGCCCAAAUGGCCAAUAAUGGAUUCGAAUUGCACGAUCGGGCUACCACGGGAUCUCGCAUUGGACGCGUCCGACAAACCAUUACUAGUGACACGCUUGUCAGUGAAGUCGAAUUGGAAGUUGGGUUCGUUCCAGGAUUGCCCUUUCGCAUCAAGGGAACCGUCAUUACCACGGCAUCGUUGCAAGUGGCCGCCAGUGAAACGUGGGAUUUGACCAUUCAAACCAGCAAAGUCACGGGCAGUAAUGUGCCCCUCUUGAAUCAAUUCUUGGACGAUGCCCAGCUGACGCUGCCCGUGGGAGAUAUCUACAAAACCAUUCAACAAGGGAGUAUUCCCGUGGUACAAAUGAAAACAUAUUACGUGGAUGAAGGAAUACGAAUUACACGAGAUGUCGACGACAACUUUUUUGUAUUCUCGAGGGCGUAAUCAAUCAUUACUAUUAAGUGUUACUAACAAAGAUAGUGGUAGUAUUUUUUUAAAAAUGAAGCAGAUAAAUAAUAACCGGCCAGGCAACACUA